AUGCUCCGUAUUCGUGGGUUACAUGAUACAUCAACACAGCAUUUUCGAAUACAAUGGCGAAACAUUGGAAGAUCUCACUAUCGUGAUAUGUAUUAUUCAUACCCAGUGUUUGAGAACAACGAUAUCGUUAUCUUUGCGAAGAUGGCUCCUCAACUCCGGGAACUUCGUCUUACGAUUGAGCGAUACACAGGCAACUUUGCGGAAAGGCUGCUCUAUGAAGCAUUGGAGCUGUUCCCUCAUCUUCAGAGUCUUAUCGUCGAUCUUCACUAUAGGCCUCGGUCAAGUGAAGCUUUAUGGCCUACAGGUCCUGAACCUCGCUCAACUCACACUUCAGAAACUUAUCGAUCAGCGCUUGUAGAUGCUUUUAUGAAUACUGCCAUGGAUGAGGAUUUGUCUCUCCAGAUUUGGAAUGCGAUAUACGCCAAGAGACAAAAGGAAAGCCUGCCUAAAUUUCGAAACCUGCUCCUUGUUCCAAUCGGUGGGGAUUUAUUUGAUAAUUUCGCUGAGCAGAAUGUGAUGUUCCAGCUGUCUCGCCCUUUUCUCAUUUCCAACCGUGAGUUUGGCAAGUCGAAUCCAGAGAUUUGUGAAAUUGGUAGAGGAGAGAGAUUGCUUCACGUGAAAAGAGGAGCCAGUAUUAACCUCGAACCUGAGGGUCGACAUGCCCCUAAACGACUACAGCCAAUUAUCAAAUCUCUGUGGAAAUUGUUCGACUUCGAAAUGGAGGAUUGAACUUUGCAUUGGAAAAGCUUCCAACUGGACGACCAGACUGAGCAAUAGUUGUAGCGGCUGUCUUAUCCCAAAAACAAGCAGCAUCCCGAACCUGCACCAAACCUUAUUUUAACAUCACCGAAUGGUGUCAGAUAACCCGGAUAUCCCGCGAGGGAGAAGAUAGGCUAUUCGAUCUCGAAGGUCAGCCAGACACCUCAGGAGAAGCCAUCUUCUUAUCAGAGCUCAAUAUAGCCCUCAAUGUUUACCCCUCAUGAUAGCUCA